UAAACUUUCUUUUGAAUUGCUUAUUUUGUUGAAUAUAUUCUUGAUCAAGGUCAGUUUAACCGUACAAAAAGCAAUUUAAAAAAAAUGGAGAGAAAGGAAUCAUAAUUUGUUCAGCUGGAGAAUGUGAAUAAUCACAUUUUUUUUGGUUCUGUAGUACAAAGUAGAGAAAAAUAAAAUGUCUGGACGAUUAUUAAAGGGUUUCCCUCGGAAAACCUUUUAGGAUUAUAUUACAUGUGAUUAUGUGAAUACUUUAUUCUAGCAAAAGUGGACAUAAUUCUGAUACGAACUAAAAGAUGAAAUGUUGACAUUGAAAUACUGUUUCCAUCUUCCCGGGAAAAAAUAAAUUGACAUUGUAUUUGGAUCGAGGAAGUAUAUACUUCUUCCCUCAUAUCCACCUUUGGAGGGUUGAAAAAAGCUGAAUAUAGAAAGGUAUCCAAUCCAUCACAUAUUCACUUAUCCUCCUCUUUUACCUAUAGAAGCAAUAUACCAAAAAAGAAAGAACCUACACCAAUAUAUGGUUCUUACAAAAGCCUCCCAAUAAUCUAUACAAGUAGUCGGCGCACCAAAAAGAAAUAGAUCUCCUUCCACCCUUCCUCAUUUACUCCAAUCAAGCUCAGUGUUAAUGCAUAAGAAGAUCCAUGGAUGUUUUACAAGAGCUGGUGAGGAAAACCUGAGACUUAGUUUUAUUCCUGUUUAGAUUAAUAUUUAGGUGAAACCUGUGAGUAAAUAUCUUAGACAGAGUGUGGCAGGUUCAGCACCUGAAGAUAGAAUAUGAGUUGCUGUUUCAUCUUGCUUCCAGACUUGGUGAAAAGAUAAACUUUUUUGUAUCAGUAACAAAAGCAAAGCACAGCACUAAGUAGUGCGUCUAAACAUAAUUACAAAUUGUUAAGAUCCCCAUCUUUAUCUUUUAUGAAGAUCAGAUAGCACCCAAAAAAAGAGCAAAGAAAGAUUUCUCAACUUAAGGCUAAGUGUAUUUGUUGAUCUGCCUUCAAAAACUCUGUAGUUUCUUCUUUCACAGAAAAAAAAAAGUUCUGUAGUUUUUGCCGUCCAAAUCGUCCACUAAAUUGCAAUGGGAAUCAUGUUCUAGGUUUUUUUUUUGAUUGAAUGCUUAGCCUCUAUCUGUUCUAACUCUUCAAAAACUCCACAGUGGAGUUUUGCAUAGGCCAAGCUACUCCCAAAAUACCAAAGAACAUGAUCCACAGCAUCUGAGUGACCUUACAAUGCAAGAACAGAUUACCGACAUCUUCAGGAUGUUCUUCGCGAACGAGGGCAUCUGCUACAAAGUUGGAGACCACAUAAGGUUUAUUUGAGUGAGGCAGGCUUCUCUAACCACUAACCAAGUUAAACAAGAUACCUUCAGGGGCAUUGUGUUGUGCCAAAUCUUCUUCCAUGGCCAAAAUCUCUAUUGUCAAAAGAGGAUAGCCACUUUUAGCAUGAUUUAAUCGAAUAAAUACCAUUUUUUUAACCCUCCAGGUAAUGGAAUCAAUCCUUAAUUGGUUCAGAGAGGUGUUAGUGUUACCAAGCAAAUGUAGAAGUUGACAUGUACUUUGUACUUCCUAAUCAUUCAAGUUUCUUCUGAGAAGAGACCCCGCCCUUGAGCAGUAGAUAACUCAGCUAUCACAGCACUAUGUAGAGAGGAUAUGAUGUGAGAAACCAGAACUUCAUUAAAGUUGCUCCGAAUGAGUGCAUGUGCUUCCAGAUUCCUACUCCAAAAGAAGCACUUGAACCUUUUGUUACCCAGGACUUUCAACUUUUCAACUAGAACCUGGGAUAAUUCAAAACUUUGUUCAUGUGGUGGCGAUCGACAAGUAUUUUAUUGGGAUGUAUCAACAGGUCGUGUAAUUCGCAAAUUUCGUGGCCAUGACAGUGAGGUGAAUGCUGUGAAGUUUAAUGAGUAUGCUUCUGUUGUAGUAUCAGCAGGAUAUGAUAAAUCAUUGCGUGUUUGGGAUUGCAGAUCUCAUAGCACUGAACCAAUCCAGAUCAUUGAUACCUUUCUGGAUAGUGUCAUGUCUAUUUGUCUCACAAAAACUGAGAUAAUUGCUGGAAGCGUUGACGGAACUGUUCGAACAUUUGACAUCAGAGUUGGUAGAGAGAUAUCUGAUAAUUUUGGGCAGCCUGUCAACUGUAUCUCUCUUUCAAAUGAUGGCAACUGUAUAUUAGCAAGUUGCUUAGAUUCAACCGUUCGACUUCUGGAUAGGUCUAGUGGCGAACUAUUGCAAGAAUAUAAGGGCCAUAUUUGCAAGUCUUUUAAAACAGAUUGCUGCCUUACAAACAGUGAUGCAAAUGUGGCUGGCGGCUCGGAAGAUGGCUAUAUUUACUUCUGGGAUCUGGUCGACGCGUCAGUUGUGUCCAGCUUCCGAGCUCAUGAUUUAGUGGUAACUAGCGUAAGUUAUCAUCCGAAAGAAAGCUGCAUGAUAACUUCUUCUGUAGAUAGCACAGUCCGAGUUUGGAAAACAUGAGAUAUGGAACCAGAUCUUUUUCUGAUAACCGUACAUGAAGAAAGUUGUGUACUCGAAUCAAACCAACAGUGUAUGUGAGAAUACCACUCACAUAGUCGUGCAUGAGAAUCAUAGCAAAGCUAACACCUCAAUGCAAUCUCAAAGGUGCCAAUCUGGACUUUGAACUUACAAGUUGGUGAGCUUGAUUCUUUCCAUUUCAAGUUUGUGAUUACUAUUUAUGUGGUUCUAAUGUGAUCCUUCGUGAUAUGGUUUGUUUUUUGUGAUGUAGAACUUAUUGCACAAUUUUUUUAAACCUCUCAUUUCACCCCUUCUCUUCCCCGAUGUGUGAUCGGGGAGGGUGGUGGUUUGUAUAGGAUGAUGUAGCUUUUCUAUGAUUGUGUAAACAUAGAAAGUAGCUCUCUAACCAAUGACAAAUAUAAAGGAAAACAAAGAUUUAGACUUCCUGAAUUUUU